AUGUCAACUUGGCAGUGCGGCAAAUGCGGGUUCAACAACCGUCCUGGCAACAAUGUUUGCGGCGGUACAGGGAGCUUGGGCUGCAAACAGCCUCGACCAGACCGCCAAGUUGACCUUGGAUCCCGCGCCCUUGCUGAAGCGGACAUGGUGCAAGACUUGGAACGAAGACUUCUUCUCGAGAGUUUAGGCUUGGAUGAAGGAUAUCGAGCGCCUCCACCUGAUCCAGCCAUAGCGGCUGUUUUCAAAGGCAACCAACAGAUUCCGGUGCCUGAAGCUUUUCCACCAGACAUCCUUCCUCCAAGCAUUUUUACCACAAAGGCUGCGACAUUUGCAGAACCACGGUCGCCCCCUCCAGCACCAACCGAAGCACAAUCCUCCCUUUCUCCAUCCUUUCUACCAGCCGAAGCGCCGGCAGUUUCGGCAGCUUCGGGAGCUUCGGGAGCCGGAGUGGAGUGGCUGUGCCGGUGUGGCUUUCGGAACCGCGCAUCCAACAGCACGUGUGGUGGAACUGGACAUUUGGGUUGCAGCUUGCCAAAGCACGUGGGCCAAAUCGAUGAGCGCGAAGGAUCGCAGCCUUUGCCAGUGCCAUCCACGGGCAUUUGGCAGUGCCUGCAUUGUGGCUUUCGGAAUCGCCCCACGAACUCUAUUUGCGGUGGAACCGGGGCGAUGGGCUGCUCUGCAUUGCGUCCAGACUUGGAACCCAGAGAGCCGGAGAACGCUCCCAGAACCGUACCGCCUGUCCGAACAGAUGCUGUGGCCACAGGCGCGUGGGUAUGUGGCAGUUGUGGGUUCAAGAAUCAUGCUGGCAAUGACAAGUGCGGUGGAAUUGGGCCCUUGGGGUGCAAAGAACCUCGCGUUGGCCCUGGUCAGGAGAAGGACUCAGAACCUGUGAAGGAGACUGAGCCAUGGCUUUGCUCCGCUUGUGACUCCAAGAAUGAGGGCAGCGAGAUGUUGUUCUGUAGCUCUUGCCAAGCACCUCGCCGCUUUACUGGCGUCUUGAAAUCCAUAGGUGGUGACUACGCCUUCGUUGCAUGCACAGAGACAGCUGCGGCCUAUGGUCGCGAUGUGUAUGUCAGCAAAGCGAUUUUGCAUCAUGCAUUUUGCCGAGGUGGUGCUGCGACGAGUGGCAUCUCGGUGAGUUUUAUGAUUGCCUUGAAUGAUGCUGGCCAGCCCAACGUCCGACAUUUGCUGCCUUUGAACAGGGGCACUGGCAUGGAGGACCACGACUUUGAGGGGACCGUGAAAUAUCUCUCUGAGGAAAAGGGCUUUGGCUUCGUCGAGUGCCAGGAGAUCAUGGAUAUGUACGGCGGAGAUGCGCACGCGGACUACAGUUUCUUGAAGUCCUGUUCCCUGGGCCAGCCAGUGACUUUUCUCAUCAGGCUAGGGCAAAUUGGCGGACGACCACAAGUCACAAAGCUCUCGAUUUCGGGGCCACCUCCGGCCAUGCUUCCAGCGACGUCAGAGUCAGUUGCUGCAGAAGUGGUAGCCGAUGCAUGGCAAGGGCGGGUGUUACUCCUGGGUGAAGGUGACUUCACCUUUGCCUCAGCUGCCGCAGUUCUCCAUCAAGACUCAGCCAUUGAUGCGACCACAGUGUUGGAGGAGGAGCAAUGGAAGGAAAGAUAUCCAAACCAUGUUGACAUGGUGGAUGGCUUGCGCAAGCUUGGCCAUGAUGCUCGUUUCGGUGUAGAUGCGCGUCAGGUGAACUGCGCAAACUACUCAAUGGUGAUUUUCAACUUCCCGGCUGUGGCUAUGCAAGACUGCACAGACCUGAAGCCAGAGAAAGCUGGAAGCAUCAGUGGUGAGUUGGCUUUGGAUUUCUUGAAGAAUGCUCAGGCCACCAGUGAUUUGGGCACCCUCUUGGUGCUGGGCUUGUGGGGGCGCUGUGAUGGUCAACCGGACAAGCGCCUCUAUGGCCAGGAUUCCCACGAGCUGGUUGCUUCUGCAAUCGCAGAGGGCACCCGAUGCUUGGAGGAUGCUUUGCCAGUUGGCUUCGUGCGGAGCGGUGUGCACGCAGACUACAACUUCUACAAGCCCUAUACCGAGGCCUUUGGCACUGGUCACAUUGCAUGGAUUUGGUUGAUGAGAAAGCGAUCAAUCCUAGCAGAGGGCCCGACGCAAUGA